GGAGGGAGACGGAAAGAGAGACACUGGAGAAAAGAGAGAAAGGAGAGGCACUGGGGAUAAAAUAAGAGUUGGGGAAAAGAGAGCGAGAGGAGGGACAAAGUUGAGUUGCAGAGGCGGAGAGAGACAGAGAGGAACAUAGAGAAUAGGGAACUAAAUAUAAACAAGAAGCAAGUGAGUUAGAGAGAGAGUGAAGGGGAUCAAGUACGCAUGUGAGAGAGAGAUUGAGAGAGAAAGAAGGAGAGCUGCAGCAGUCACCCUCUCUGGUCUUCCCUGACGUGUCAUGGAUUUGCGGUGCUGGAUAUCCCUCCUGUUUGGACUAGUUGGGAAUCCUGUGGUCAGUCUGGAGUAGCGAGAGCCAUAGCAGCAUCCACCAGAAGGAAGGAAAUAUGCCUUCUGUGUCUCUCAGCCUGCCCGCAGCCCUAGCUGGGCAAGCCCGCACCUGGGUCUGCCUCUCCUGCAUGUUCUGGCCUGAAGAGUUCGAGGCGCUUCACUCACACACCUUCCGGGCGAAGACAUUCAAGAAAAGCAAGCACUGUGGGGUGUGCAAACAGACCGUCAGCCAGGAGGGGCUCAUCUGCAGAGUGUGCCGGCUGACUUGCCACAAGAAAUGUGAAAUAAAGGUGUCUUCGUCCUGUGUUCCUGCCACUAACUAUGAGCUGGCACCUGGUAACGACAUACCCCUGAAGUAUGUAGAGACUAUGGGUUCAACAAAGUCCACAAAGAGUAUGGAGUCUCGACGCAGAUCAUCAAGGAGUGUGAGUCUGCUGCAGGCCCUGGAGGAGAGCUAUGAGGUGGACCUGGUCUACAUCACCGAGCGGAUCAUCUCCGUCUCCUUCCCCAGCUGCGUGGAGGAGACCAGCUACGCCUCAAACCUCCGCGAGGUGGCCUCCAUGUUGCGCUCCAAACACCAAGACAACUACCUACUCUUCAACCUCAGCGAGAAACGGUAUGACAUCAACCAGCUCAACCCAAAGGUGUUGGACUUUGGCUGGCCAGACCACCACGCUCCUGCCCUGGAUAAGAUUUGCAGUAUAUGUAAGGCCAUGGACACCUGGCUGAGCGCAGACAGUCACAAUGUGGUGGUGAUACACAACAAGGGGAACCGAGGGCGAACAGGAGUGGUGGUGGCAGCAUACAUGCAUUACAGCAACAUAUCAGCCAGUGCUGAUCAGGCCCUGGACAGGUUUGCCAUGAAGAGGUUCUAUGAAGACAAAGUACUUCCUGUGGGUCAGCCAUCUCAGAAGAGGUAUGUACAGUACUUCAGUGGUCUUCUUUCAGGACAUAUCAAGAUCAACAACAAACCCCUGUUCCUUCACCAUGUCAUCAUGCACGGCAUCCCCAACUUUGAGUCGAAAGGAGGAUGCCGCCCUUUCCUCAAGAUCUAUCAAGCCUUGCAGCCAGUCUACACAUCUGGGAUCUAUAAUGUGCAGGGAGACAGCCAGACCAGCAUCUGCAUCACUAUUGAGCCUGGCCUGCUGCUGAAGGGGGACAUUCUGCUGAAAUGUUACCACAAGCACUUCAGAAGCCCACAGCGGGAUGUGAUAUUCCGGGUGCAGUUCCAUACCUGCGCUGUGCAUGACUUGGGAAUCGUCUUUGGGAAGGACGAGUUAGACGAGACCUUCAAGGAUGACAGAUUCCCAGAUUUUGGAAAGGUGGAAUUUGUAUUUUCCUUUGGACCAGAAAAAAUCCAUGGUAUGGACCACUUGGAGAAUGGGCCCACGGUCUCAGUGGACUACAAUACCCAAGAUGCUCUAAUCCGCUGGGACUCCAAUGAGAACUUCAAUCAGCAUUGUGAGGACACUAUGGAUGACGUCAUACACACACAGGGCCCUCUCGACGGCAGCCUCUACGCUAAAGUUCGUAAGAAGGAGUCCAUCGAGGGCUCGGUCACUGCCAACGGCCUCUCGCCUGCCGCCACCGAACACGUCCUACCUGCCGUCGACCAGGUCCUUCCCACGGUCGACCAAGCCCUGUCGGUGAGCAGCGACUCUGGCAACUCCACUGCCUCUAUCAAGACUGACCGCACCGAUGAGCCAGCUCCGGCAGCAGCAGCGCAAGCACCCCAAGCAGCCCUCGCAGUGAGCCAGCCACCAGCGACCCAGGAAAAAGUCGCAGACUUGGGCACGGUCCCGGCCGUCGAGCCCAUCAGUCCUCAGGAGAAGGAGGAGCUGGAGCAGCUGCUCAGCGGCCUGGAGGGCCCCAUGCACCGCCAGGGCUACCUGUCCUCCCCAUCAGGUGGAGGGACAAGUAUAGGACUAGGAGGAGGAGGAGGAGGAGGAAUACUUCACCUGGUGCCGGCUCAAGUUCACGUGAACGGCCAAAACAGCAGAAUGGACAGGGAAACGGAUAUUCUGGAUGACGAGGUGGCACUGCCUACCAGCCAGGAGGGCAACAGCAUGGAUAGCCUGGGCACCCUGUCGUCCCUGGAAGGGAGAGCUACACCGGCAGACCUCUACUAUCAGGCUGAGACGGUCAUCAAUGGGCAGCACGAGGAUGUGGCCGCUCAGGUUCCCGUCACAUUGGUGCGAAGCCUAUCCUCAGCUCAGGAUGGGACAGGCGAGUCCAUCCCCCCGGCGAGUGAUUACAUUUUCAGCCAAAACGGGAACCUGUAUCGCUCGCAGUCGUUCGGUGCAGAGCAGAAACACCUCCCCAGAGCUCCAGCACGUACCACCAGUAGUCGUGAUGCCGUCCAACGGGGGCUCAACGUGUGGCAGCAAUAUGGCGUCCCAGAGGAACCGGUGAUGGACGGCGUCCAUUUUGGCCCUUUUCCACCCUCCAUGCCUCUACAGAGCCACCAUAGCCUGCCACAGUUCCCCCACCACCAGACUGCCUCGCAGCAGGAGAUUGAGCAGUCCAUUGAGGCCCUAAACCUGCUGAUGCUAGACCUGGACCCAGGCUGUCCUUUGGGGCAGGUGCCCAAGUCCCUGAGCGAUCCACCAGGGGAUAAUGGGGUGGUGGUGACCAUGCAACCGUCCUUCUCCCAGACCCAGGCCAGACCCUCCUACCAGGCCGACUCAGCUAUCUCGGGAAGCCAUGCGCCUCGCCUUGCCAAGGUCCCGCUGAGUUCCUCCCCCAUCCAGCUGUCCACGUCACCAGAGCCAUCUGCCGUCCAGAGACCCACAGCCAUCUACCAGCCUGGUCCCACUGUAGUCUCCGUCCCUGGCUUCCUCACUGAACCUUCCAGCCAAGGGGAAGCCUGGACCAGUUCUCCCACCCAGGUCCCCACUACCGUUGGCCAGCUGCAGCUGAAGCCCAUUAACACGUACCCCCCCAGCACAAUGACCUCGUCUCUGUCCCCAGAGCUCCAGCAGAGUCUCAGUGGCAUCUCCUCAUUGCCCCAGCUGAGAGAUGCCGAGCCUGAUGAAGUAUUCAACGUGGAGGGCUUAGUAGCCCAGCGCGUGGCAGGUGUCCAGUCCCAUGGGAUGUCAUUGGACGAGACAUUGGCCCUGCCCCGUCACCGCACCACCAGCGAAGGACAAUGCCACAAUGGCCACGACGAAAACUUCUCUUACGAACCCCCAGUCCGCUCCCCCAUUCGCUGUGUCUCGCCGGAGUUCGUCAACACCUUAAAUCUGAAUCCUGGGGGGCGGCCCAAAGAGAGACACAUGCACAGCUACAGAGAGGCCUUUGAGGAGUUGGAAGGUGGCUCUGUCAGCCCCACGCCCACUGUUGGUGGUGAGGUGUUCCCCCAAACCCCUGCCUUCCCCAUCUCGCCGCAAACCCCUUACUUCAACCUGUGCCAAGCUCGUUCCCCUCCAGGCCUGAUGAAGACCCCUCUCUCUGCCCUGGGCCUCAAACCCCACAACCCAGCUGAGAUCCACCUCAACCAGAGUGGCUCAGAGCCGCGGAGCUACGUGGAGUCGGUGGCCAGAUCAGCGGUGGCCGGUGGGGGACCACCAGGGUCUCCUGUGACCCUCACCCCUCCAAGAGAGAUCUUGGCCAGACAGACGACCACUGACCCUGCCCCGACCUUCAACCCCCCACUGUCUAGCAGCAGCCCAAUCCACAGCUCAGAGGGAGAGCACCAAUUGGCUGACAGCAGUGGAAACAUCCCCUCGCAAGCGGCCAGUGACUCCGGGUUCCGUUCCCAGCCUUCUGAGGGCGCGUCCCCCACCCCCACUCCCACCUCCGUCGCUACUCCCAAGCCCUACCUCCAGGCCCUGGGAACCCCAUCUCCCUUCCUUCAAGCCCAGGGUACCCCUACCCCCUCCUACCUGAGCUCCAACUCAGCCAACCUGUCCUUCCUGUGCUCCCCAACCACCACGCCCUCCUACCUAGGUCCCAAUGGCCUCAUUGGGAGCUACAUCUCCACUGACCCCAGCCCUCCCCAGGCCCAGCCGGAGGUAUCCCCCCGGGAAAUCCCUUUGGCUGCCCACCCCUCGCCAGGAUCAGGAAGUCUCCACACACUGCAUCAUGACUCCAACAGCCCCUCUCUCCAACAUCGGCACCAGCCCACCAAUCACGGCAGCCCUGUCAUGGGCCACCAUCCCUCUCCUGCCAAUGGCUUUGUGGAGUUUGGGAUCCCUGGGAUGGUAAUGACGGGAAGUCCUGUGUUGGGCCGCCACCACUAUAACCCGUGUGUGUCCAAGGGGACACAGUCCAGCCCAGUGCUGAGUCGACAGCCCUCCAUGCCCCAGAGGAGCCCUGUCCUGAGCCGACAACCAUCCUUGACGCUGGCCUCCCAGGGCAGCCCCGUGCUCAGCCGCCAGCCCUCCCUCACCUACAGCCAGCCUAUCCAGAGCUGUAUCCAGAGCAGUCCGGUGCUGAGUCGACAGCCGUCCCUCACCCACCAGCAGGGCAGUGGUAAUAGUCCGGUGCUGGACCACCACCAGUCCCUCGGCCAGAUGUCACAAUGCAGUCCCAGUCUGGACCGACACCCUAUGUUGCAUAGUAGCGGCUACACCACCCCGGACGAGAGGCACGGCACCCUUUCCCGACAGAGCAGCUCCUCAGGAUACCACCCACCCUCCACGCCCUCCUUCCCCCUCUCCCCUGCGGGCUACCUGGACGGGGGGAUGAUGAUGGGGCUAAGGCAGGGCAGCCCGGCCCCCCCGGCGCAGGCUCAACCCCAGCUGCCAGAGAAGAGGCGCAUGUCGAGCGGGGAGAGGCCCAACGGGGGGCUCUCUUAUGGGACGCUGAACGGGAAAAUGUCCUCACCUAUGUCGAGUGGAGGGAGCACACCCAGCACCAGCUACUUUCAAACACUGCCCGACUUCUCCAAGUUUAACAUGUCUGACGGGAGUCCCGAGACCAGGCUGAAUGUAAAGUUUGUUCAGGACACUUCCAAGUUCUGGUACAAGCCUGACAUCUCCCGUGAACAAGCCAUCAGCCUGCUGAGAGAGAGAGAGCCCGGGGCCUUUGUCAUUCGGGACAGUCACUCCUUCCGAGGGGCCUAUGGCCUGGCCAUGAAAGUGGCCUCUCCUCCUCCCACUGUACAGCAGACCAAGAAAGCUGGUGACAACACUAAUGAGCUGGUGAGGCACUUCCUGAUUGAGACAAGUCCUAAGGGAGUGAAGCUGAAGGGAUGUCCCAACGAGCCUUACUUUGGUUGUCUGUCCGCUCUGGUGUACCAGCACGCCAUGACUCCACAGGCCCUGCCCUGUAAACUGGUCAUACCUACCAGAGAUAUCCACGAGGAUGUGCCGGAUAUUGCCACACCAACCAACCCAGCAGCUGAACUCCUCAAACAAGGAGCCGGGCAGAGGGCCCCUGCUGACUCCCAUGCAUGCAAUGUGCUGUACAUCAACUCGGUGGACAUGGAGUCUCUGACGGGACCUCAGGCCGUUGCCAAGGCCAUCUCGGAGACGGUGGCAGCCGUGUCCCCGCCCACCGCCACCAUCGUGCACUUCAAGGUGUCGGCCCAAGGCAUCACCCUGACCGACAACCAGAGGAAGCUUUUCUUCCGGCGCCACUACCCCAUCAACACUGUCACAUUUUGUGAUAUCGACCCUCAGGAGAGAAAGUGGAACAAACCUGAAGGGGGCACAGCCAAGUUCUUUGGGUUUGUGGCUCGGAAGCAAGGAAGCACAACCGACAACGUCAGUCACCUCUUUGCCGAGAUGGACCCCGAUCAGCCCGCCAGCGCUAUCGUGAACUUUGUUUCCAAGGUGAUGAUCGGCUCGCAGAAACAAUGAGCUGAACUUUUGACGACCCCUGUUUUUUUUUUUUUUAUUGUUGUUUUUUUUAACCACGGAGGAAAUGUAUGUUCUAUUUUGGAUUUUGUUUGUAUUAUUUUGUUCUGAUCUUAUGUGUCACCUCUUUCCUUCUGAUCUUGUCUUUUACUUGUGAGUGCUCGUGGUGUUUACACACGUGUGUGUUCUUCUUGGAAGGACUCCUGUGUGGCACUAACUAGGGGGAUAGAGGAAGUGCAGUUUGUGGUUGUGGCUAUGUGGGAUGUUGGCUUUGGGGGGCCAUUGUGAUCUCUCUAGCAGGGUAACACAAGAACAGGAAGGAUACAUUUAUGUCAAUGAUGAUGCCAGUGAGCAUGGUUCGUUAAAAAAAGAGAAGAAGAAGUAAGGUUGUGUAACGUAGAAGUGUUAAGCUAUCAGGCGUUUGGACUGGUCAACCAAAGAUUUUUUUAAGUAGCCAGGGGUGAGUAUUCCACUGUCGGAAGGUCUGUUGGAAAUUCUAUUUUGUAAAAAAAUAAGUAUUAAUCAAAAAAAAAAAACAUUUUAAUUUUCUUUCUAUAUACAAGUACUGAUACUGUUUGUAUGUUAUUCUUAAAGAGUUUGCAUCUUUGCCUUCUUCGCAAAGCGUAUUCCAGGACAUUUUUGCAUGCUGGUGAGUUGAGUUAAUGUAAAUAUCACGGAGUGCUUUCUGGGUAAGGCGUGGAUGACUUGGGGCCUGAAAUGUUGUUUUUUUGUUUUGUUUUGUUUUUUUGCUUUCUGUAAUAAAACAUGGAAAGAGAAAGAAAGAAGCAUAUAUGCUCUCUUCUACAUACAGACCAAAUUUGUAGUGGGCAAACACACUGUUCUCCUCCAACUUCCAUUGUUAUUUUUCCCUCUUCUGUUUAACGGAUGGAGGAUGGAUAGAAGCUUGUCCAGUUCAGUCCAACUAUUCACCUAUACAGUGGUAUUUUAACCCCAUAAUAUCUUUGGUAGCUGAAAUCUGCUGUUACCCUACUUCUAGACCAACCUGCAAUGCACCCCUCUAUGGAGAAAUGUUGGUUAGGCUGAAUGGUUACCCUUUGUGUGUUUAACAUUGAUUAACAUUGAAAAACUGCCACUCCUCUCUGUGCAUGUAUGAGCAUCAUGGAAGAACAGAGUUCACUGCUGAUUUUUGAAUGGCGGACGGGUUUGGGCAAUGAGAGGUCAUGUCCAGGUUGUUACUGCUACAGCAUCAAGCUCUCUCUCUCUUCUCCUUUGGAAGUUUGCAGAUAUUCUACCCUUGCAACCAUCUUAGUCUAGAUCGAGAAAGGCCACUAUCCCUACACAUCAGCCUGUCAAACUUGUAACACCCACAUCAUACCCACAAGUAAGCUAUAUACAUAUAAAUAUACAUAUAUAGAUAUAUAUAAAACUUCAACAAAAUAUUUAUUUUUUUGCUCUGUCGCUCUAUGUUAACUCAUAUUACUUGUAUACAUAUAUUGUAUAGUCUACAUCAAGAUUACUGAAAGUGCAUCAAAAUAUAUAUGGUGUGAAGUGUAUGCAUUUUAAAGCUUGUCAUUGUUGUUUUGAGUAUGUUUUGCCACUGCAUUACUUUGUCUUUGUAGGAAACGUCCUUUGUUAGUUGGGAGAAAGAGCGGCUAGGGAAGUUCUUUGUUGCAAAAGUCAUGGAUUCAUCUUAAAUGGAGACGACAUUUUACUCUCAUGUCCAAAUGAAACAGCCUAAAAUGGAAUGGUCAGAGUUAAACACUUAAAUAUUUUCAUGUGAAAUAUCAAUACCCAUUUGUAGUUGGCAAAACAGUGAGAUGAUUGAAAUGACUACUUCAUGUAAACAGACUUGCUGUGUAUGUUCUCAGAAGGUUUAGAGGCUAAAUAUUACUUCCUUGAUUACAUCCUCAAUCUAACAUCACAGGUUUAUUAGUAAAUCACCACCAGAAAUAUUUUCCUGAGCAAUUCCACAUUUUGUUACAUAGGGCCUACUGCCCUCAUGUGGUAAAACACAUUUUGACUACCCAUUGUGUUUUAACUGUAGAGUUUCAACUGUGAUUUCAGCAAUGACCUUCAGUAGACAAGCAAUACUCAAAUGGGCAGUGCAGAGUUUAAAUGAUUAUUUACUUAAUCAGGAAGACUUUUAUGCCCAAAUAUUAGGUCAAUAUUUUGCCGUUUUUAUUUUGUGAAUGUCCUUCAAUUCAAUUAUGUUUGGAGCAGGGUAGCCGUAACUCAAUGGUCAAAUAUACUCCAGUAAAACAAUUAAUACGUAGCACUUAUAAAUGGGAUUCUGUCAUGUCAAAAUACACAGAAAUAGUUUGCAUGUUCAGUCCACUUCUUUUAACUCAAUGUUUUGUAUCAACUAGGUAUUCUGUUCAAGCUCAACUGUCUUCUCCCGUGGCUUCUUUGCUUGUUCAACUAUUCACUCCUCUUCACUGAGAAUCCCUCCGUUUGAACUGAAUCGUAUUUAUUGUGUUGAUAGUCACAACUGUACCAAUAUAUGUGGCAAGAAACAUGGUAGAUUCUGCAUUUGUGUAUAUGAUCAACCUGUGAUAAAUGGUUGUGGAGUAAAUCACCCUCUACCACAAAAUGAAUGUUUGUCAACGAAAACCAAUUGUGUAAGACGUCUGCUUUGAUGUAUGUGUGCCCACUUUGAGGAAAUAGCCUAGACUUAAUGUGUGAAUGUGCUACUAUGCCUGUACAGAACCUUAUGUAUUUUGAUUUACUUUACAGUAUGGCUUUUAUUGUUUCCGAGAAGAAAAAAACACAUUAAAAAGUAAUACAAAUCA